AUCCAGCUGGCCAGCUGCCUUACUGCUUGCUCGCCCUGCUUGUCUGUGGCUGAGGUCGAAGUGUCGAGGCACAUCUUGUGCAUCGGCAGUGACUGGCAUGAGUCAGUCGUCAUGAGCGAAACCAGCAGAGCCCAGUACGAACACGAUGCUGUGGAAUUUGCAUCUCGGGCUGUCAAGUUCGACCUGGAGGGAAACCCUGGUCCCGCCGCCUACUACUACAGGGAAGCGGCUCAAGCAUUGCAGUCGGCAAUGCUGUCUGGCUCGCAAGUGGCUUGCAUCUCUGACAAGGCAAAUGAAUAUCUCAACCGUGCUGACGAACUUUUGAAGCUGACGUCAAGCACACACUUGCCUGUCACGAGCAAUGCCCAGCAGCUCCAACUGGACAGGGCCAAGUUCCUGCUGUCACAAGCGCUGGACGAGGAUGAGGCUGACAACUACCAGGAGGCUCUGGAGCUCUACACGCUGGCAGUUGAGCUCUGCCUGCAGGCGAGAGCUGCUACAGAUGACAAGGCCCUUCACGAAAAGCUCACCAGCAUUGCAUCUCAAGGACUUGAAAGGGCGGAGAGCAUAAAGGCCAAGUUGGCCAGCAGCUGUGGCAGUGGCAGUACGAUCAUUCGGCCUGCGCCGUCAGCGCCUAUGCUCGAAGGGGCCAGACCCAUUGGUGGCAGCAAGGCCUCCGACUCCUCACUGACCACCAGGUUCAGCUCAGAGGCAUCUACCACGUCCUCUUCUCUGAGCUUUCCCGGAGCUGAUGGAGAACACGUGCGAGAUGCCGGGAACAAGCUACUCAUCAGCGGCAGCGAAGGUUAUACACGUGAUGAGAUAGAGGUCCUAAGGAAGACAUCAGUGAUCAACGGUCGGGAGUACGUCCCUUUCCUGGAGACGGACAAGCGGGACCGCUUUGCCUUCAAGCUGCCAUUCUGCGAUCCCGACGGCAGGCUGUCUCUGUCGCCCAAACAGCGUGCCUCCUUCAGCCACUGGGCACGACUCGAGGAGUUGUCAUCCGAUCCCAAGAUCAUCGAAGUGGUCGACUGCUUCAGCAUUCGCCAGACUGUUGUUUCAGACUGCUCAUUUGUGGCAUCCUUGGCUGUGAGUGGUCUGUAUGAAAAGCGGUUCAAGAAAAAAAUAAUUACAAGCAUAAUCUUUCCCCAGAACAGGCAGGGACAGCCUGUAUACAAUCCUUGUGGCAAAUACACUGUCAAGCUUAACAUAAAUGGCGUGCCAAGAAAGGUUGUCAUCGAUGAUUACUUACCAAUGGGCAAGAGCUCGGAGAUGCUGUGCUCGUAUUCGAACAACAAGAAUGAGUUUUGGGUCUCACUGCUGGAGAAGGCCUACAUGAAGGUCAUGGGCGGCUAUGACUUCCCUGGCUCAAACUCUAAUAUCGACCUACAUGCACUCACUGGCUGGAUCCCCGAACGGGUCAGUCUUCAUGGAAGCGCAGACACACCCUUCGACGCAGAGGCAUUAUUCAACAAACUGCUCGACCGACACCAACGUGGUGAUGUGCUGGUCACCCUUGCCACCGGGGAGCUGAGUGAGGCCGAGGCAGAACGGUCAGGCUUGGUACCUUCACAUGCCUAUGCAAUGCUCGAUGUACGCCAAGUGCAGGGUCGGCGUUUGUUCCUGCUCAAAAACCCCUGGAGUCACCUUCGCUGGAAGGGCCGCUUCUCUGAGCGUGACACCACCAGCUGGACACCAGCACUAGCCCAGGCUUUGCGAUACGACCCACACAACGCUGCCAUGUUUGAUAACGGAGUAUUCUGGAUCGAUUAUGACUCUGUGUGCCACUUCUUUGACGUCGCCUACCUCAACUGGAACCCGGGCUUGUUCCAGUACACCUACUGCACUCACAGGUCAUGGAAUGCCGGAAGUGGCCCGGUCAAGGAUUUGUACAACAUUGGUGAGAACCCGCAGUUUUCACUCGAGCUGAGCAAGUCGGGUUGUGCUGUGUGGAUCCUGCUUACAAGGCACAUCAUAGACAGGGAGGACUUUGCAAACAACCGCGAAUACAUAUGCCUGCUGGUGUACAAGAACAACGGGAGGAAAGUGUACCUGCCAUUUGACCCUCCACCGUACCUGGAUGGUGUGCGUAUUAACAGCCCGCACUACUUGUGCAAAAUGGUGGUUCCCAAGGGCGGGGACACCCGCUACACCCUCGUGGUGUCACAGUACGAGAAAAACAACACUAUUCACUACACACUGCGGGCUUACAGCAGCUGCCCGUUCCAGCUGGCACCGAUUGGAAAUCCUUACAAAUAUGUUCGUGAGGAGAAGCAUGGGAUGUGGACAGCAGCAACGGCCGGUGGCUGUGGCAACCAUCCAGAGACGUAUAGCCGCAAUCCAGUGUACCAGGUGUCUCUGCAGAGCAGCCACGACAACAAUCAGAUGCUGGUCAGCCUGAAAGGCCCAAAACAAUACCAGAUCGGCUUUGAUAUAGUGACUGUCACUGUCAACAAUCCAUCAUGUUCAGACUUCUUUGCUCGGAAAGGAUCAGGAAUGUUCAAGUCCGGCUUCACGGUUCUCGAGUUAGAACGUGUGCCAGCCGGUGUGUACAAUGUGAUCCCGUCCACCUUCAAGCCAUUCCAGGAAGGGCCUUUCUUCCUCACCGUCUCUGCCACCUGCCCCAUCAAAAUGUCACGCAUACAGUAGCAGUUGCUCUGGCACAAUGGUCGUCCUGUUGAGUCGCCACGAAAUUCUGUGCCUGUGAUCUACAUGAUUAUCGAACUUCUCACGCCAAGAUUUUAUGCGCACGGAAUGCAAGACAUGUUCCUCUCUCAGCGCAGGCAGCUCCGUCCCACUGGCUGCAUAGCAUGAAAAAAAAAAAAAAUUGAUUGCUCAGGAAAAGCAUGAUUUUUAAGGGCACCGAGAAUGUAAAAAAUUUUCAAAAAAAAAAAGCUUCAGAGAAGUAACACUAAAGUUGAAGUAGUGGUCCAGCAAUGUGCCACCUUGUUGAAGUGAACCUUUUCUUCGUGGCGGCUUGAAUGUUUCCCAUCGUAUCAGUCACCUGCUGUCAUAAGCUAGGCGUUUGACACGUGAGCAAAACGAAGGUCUGACACAUAUCUAUGUAUAUUGCUGGAGUUGAAUGCUUUCAAAAUUUGAUUAUAUCUUCUCUCACUCCCUCUUAUUUUUUUAGGUGGAAAUCAAUGUUGUGUCUCAAGAACUCGGGCAUAGAAUAUAAUUCUGUCAUGCUUCUGUUUUUAAAGGGUUCGGAACCAUUUUUCAAGUAAUCACACAGUGACAUCAGUACUGGAGUUUAUAGACUCACAAAUCUAUUACGAUAACAAUUUCUUGAAUCCACUGUGAAUGAGUGGAGGUACAAGAAUUUGUUGCAUGCUUUGAGAAUUUUCUCUCUUUUCUUACCUUUAGAAGCGAGCUAGAAGCUACACAGAUAGAGAUGGUGCAAGGGAAAGAAGCCUCAGCACAUAUCUCGACUUUGAUUGUGCAUGAC